CGCAAAAUUCCUCUGCGCUCGACGGCUUCUUUUCUCUUCUUUUUUCUCUCCUUCCCCCCUCCUCUUUAUUGAGGUUGGCUGGCGCAAGGUUUCUCGAAUUCAGUCAAGAUGAAGUACGUUCUGGUCUCUGGAGGUGUUAUUAGCGGUGUGGGCAAGGGCAUUAUUGCUUCUUCCGCGGGUCUACUGCUCAAAACCCUUGGUCUCAAAGUCUCGAGUAUCAAGAUCGAUCCCUAUAUCAAUGUCGACGCUGGAUUAAUGAAUCCGCGCGAACACGGCGAAGUCUACGUGCUCGAUGACGGUGGAGAGGUCGAUCUCGACCUGGGAAACUAUGAGCGAUACCUCAACAUCACCCUGACCCGUCAGAAUAACAUCACCUUGGGCAAAAUUUAUGAAAAAGUUAUCUGGAAGGAGCGCAAUGGCAAAUACCUGGGCAAGACCGUCCAGGUCGUGCCGCAUGUCACCGACGAGAUUGCCGAUUGGAUCGAGCGAGUCGCCAAGGUGCCGGUGGAUGACAGUGGAGAAGAGCCGGAUGUGUGUAUCGUGGAGCUCGGAGGGACUGUCGGCGACAUCGAGAGCAUGGCUUUCGUGGAGGCUUUGUGCGAUUUGCGACGACGAUGUGGCAGAGACGAUCUGAUGCAGAUUCACGUCUCGUACGUGCCCGUGGUCCAUGGAGAGCAAAAGACAAAGCCUACACAGAUGGCCAUCAAGGCUGUGCGAUCUUCUGGUCUGAUCCCAGAUGUUGUCGCCUGUCGCUGUGAGAAACCGCUAGAGCAGGCUACCAUUGACAAGGUUGCUCGCUUCUGUCAAGUGCCGAAUGAGAGCGUCUUGGCUGUGCGUGACAUGCCGUCAACCUAUCAAGUGCCAAUUCUCCUUGAAGAGCAGAGUCUGGUCAAAUUGAUGACUGCCAACCUGCGGCUUGACGGUCUCAAUAUUUCACCUGCGUUGGUCGCCAAAGGUCAGGGCAUUUGGAACACAUGGAAGCAGCUCACCCUUGGGUUGGAACAUUUACACGAAGAAUUGGAGAUCGUGCUUGUUGGAAAAUACCUCGAUCAACCUGACGCGUACUGUUCCGUGGUCAAAUCUCUCGAGCACGCAGCCAUGUUCUGCCGUCGCAAACUCCGCGUCAAGAACGUCGACGCUGAAGCUCUCGAGCCCGCAACCAACAAAACCGAUCCAGCUGCAUUCCACAUGGCCUGGCACGACGUCUGCACUGCAUCGGGCAUCCUGGUCCCCGGCGGUUUCGGCGGACGCGGAACCGAAGGCAUGAUCGCCGCCGCCAAAUGGGCCCGCGAGAACAAGACUCCAUACCUGGGCGUCUGUCUGGGGAUGCAAAUUGCCGUAACGGAAUUCGCCCGCUCGGUCUGCAACAUCCCGCUCCCGCAAGCCAUCUCCUACGAAUUCGACGCCAACGACAAAGACCGUAUCAUCAUCGACAUGCCCGAGCACAACCCCGGCGAAAUGGGCGCCACCAUGCGUCUAGGCCUGAAACCCACCUUCUGGCAGCCCAACACCGAAUGGUCCAAACUCCGCGCCCUCUACGGCCUCCAGAACGAAUCCAUCAACGAACGUCAUCGCCACCGCUACGAGGUCAACCCGGCUUACAUCGAACAGCUCGAGUCUAAGGGUAUGACUUUCAUCGGCAAGGACCAAACCGGCGUCCGUAUGGAGAUCAUCGAAUUACCCGAUCAUCCCUGGUUCGUUGGUGUUCAAUUCCACCCGGAGUAUCUCUCGCGUGUGCUCUCCCCGUCCAAACCUUACCUCGGAUUUCUCGCCGCUAGUGCCGGCAUGUUGGAGGAGGUCACGAGGCGAUGCGCGGCGGAUCUGGCCAAGGUGGAGGGUCAGAAAUAGAGAGAGAAAGGGAGAGGAUCCUUUUCCAUUUUCCUUUGGCAUCCUUGUGGGAAUUCAUCUAUUCACGGGGCGUUUUUGGGACGAGUGUGUGAUCAACCGACAUGGGUUUCUGAUUUGAUCGUAGAAUGUAGAUAACAGAAUGAGGAGAAUUAUUAAGUGGAGUUGUUCUGCUCGAUUCUAGCUUUUAACCGUGUACAGUACAGCAUGCGCAUUUUCUCGGCUGGGGGUUUCGGAGCGAUCCAAAGGCCCGAAACUUUCACGAAUGAGUGUUGCUCCUCUGUGAUCAACGCCUUUCAGAGGGGAACGGUAAUACAGGAUUUAUACAGAGAAUCGAAGAAUAAAAUUGUACAUUCCUUGUCCGUCUGUCCACCACACGAAAGCAAGGCAGCGUCAUCGUCGUCGUGACCGAAACAUCAAAUCAAUGCCGCACCUCGG